AUGUCACUCAUUCUUAGAUUUCGUUCCAAAGAUGGAAUGUUCCGUAUCAAUACGUCACCAACUUCCGAUUUCACAUCAGUUCUAGAACAAUUGGUAUCCAAAAUCCCCAGUCUUAACGAUAUAAAAUCAUUAUAUCUUUCGAAUAAUCCAGGUGAAAAAGGACACCCAGCAGAAUCAUAUUGUGGGAAAUUAGUAAAUGAAUUAGGAUUAAAGAAUGGUGAUAUGUUAUUCGUGAAUUAUGAAUCAGCAAUUCCCCAACCACAACAACAAAAGCAACAACCUGUUGUUACUGUAGCUACGCAGCAAUCAAUUUCAUUCACUCCAAUAGAUAUGCAUGGACCCCUUCAAGGAAUUAAAGAACUUCCAAUUGAUGUCAAAUUAGAUAAAAACGACGGAUUCAUUUCUCGACCACUUUCAUCCAUGUGUCGACAUGGAGCUAAAGGAAUGUGUGAAUAUUGUUCCCCCUUACCACCAUGGGAUGAAAAUUAUCGUAAACAAAAUUCAAUCAAACAUAUUUCAUUUCAUGCAUUAUUAAAACAACAAAUGGAAAAGAAUAAAAGUGGAAGUUCAUAUAUUGCUCCCUUGGAUGAACUUAAUUAUUCAAUUGAUUUGAAUUGUAAUGAAGGGCAUAAACCUUAUCCGAGAGGGAUUUGUUCAAAAUGUCAACCAUCGGCAAUCACAUUACAGAUGCAGAAAUUUAGAAUGGUUGAUCAUGUAGAAUUUGCUGAUUCGCUGAUAUUGAAUGAAUUUAUUAAUGUAUGGAGAAAUACUGGGGUUCAAAGAUUUGGAUAUUUAUAUGGAUGGUAUGAAGAAUUUGAUAAAGUUCCAUUAGGGAUUAAGGCGGUUGUACAGGCGAUAUAUGAACCUCCUCAAGUUGGUGAAUUGGAUGGGAUUACUUUGUUGGAAUGGGAGAAUGAAGAACAAGUGGAUGAAUUGGCGGCAAAAUUGGGAUUAUAUAAAGUUGGAAUUACUUUCACUGAUUUAACUGAUUCCGGAAGAAAUGAUGGGACAGUAUUAUGUAAGAGACAUAAAGAUAGUUAUUUUAUGACUAAUUUAGAAAUCAUUAUGGCGGCAAAAUAUCAGAUUGAUAAUCCAAAUGUUUCAAAAUAUAGUCAACUGGGUAAAUUUAGUUCUAAAUUUGUUACAUGUAUAAUCAGUGGUGGAUUACAAGGAGAAAUUGAACCUAGAUCUUUUCAGGUUUCCACUAGUGCUGAAGCAUUGGUUAAAGCUGAUAUUAUAACUGGUUGUACUCAACCUUCACAAAUUUAUGUUAAUGAAAGUAAUGAUACAAGAUAUGUUCCUGAUAUUUCAUAUCUGAAAAUCAAUGAAUAUGGAUUAGAAGUAAAGAAUAAUGCCAAACCUACAUUCCCAGCUGAAUUCUUAUUGGUAUCAUUAACUGAUUCAUUCCCGGUGAAACCUGAACCAAUGUUUGAUAUUGAAACUAAUUAUACCAUUGAAAAUCGGGAUUUUAUUGGUGAUAUUCAAGAUUUAAGAACUAUGUAUAAAUAUUUGAAUAAUAAUCAUUUAAGUCAAAAAUUAUGUAAUUUUCAUUUUAUUUGUCAUUUAGUAAGAUUACAUAUCUUGGGAGAUUAUGAAUUAGAAUUAAUUGUUAAAUAUGUUAAAGAAAAGAAAGAUGAAUAUUAUGUGGCAUUAGUGGAAAGUCCAGGAUGGAUGACUUUGAUUACUAUCCUUGAACAGAGUAGUUGA